CUACCAACGUCAGCUGCAGAGGGGUGGUCUUUUGUCCACGCUUGGUUAAAUGUAAACACCUCGACCGCACAAAGAUAGCACAGCCGCUGCGUUGCUGCUAGAAAUUGAGGGAAAGAGGCGCCGUGAAGCAGACGCGUUUCCGGUCGAUUCCUUUGGAGUUCGUCACCCCUCCUACAGACGUUUGGGAAAUUCCCUCCACAUGUAUAGUGAUUUGUGAGAGUUGGGGAGCCCGAUGGGGUUGAGUUCGCAGCUCGGGAUUAUGUGCUAGGCUGGCGAGCGCGGUAGAGGAAUCAAAGCGAGAGUUACAUGGAAGAAGGUGUGUUUGGGGAUACUUUGGGAAUACGCGGCAUUACCGUCACCGAGAAGAAUCGGGCGCUGGGGCUGCAGUGUGUUUGUGUGGUGUGAUUGUGUGUUGGUCCAAGAGAAACUGCUGGUUUGAAACAGUUAGGUUAAAUUUCUCAUAUCAUAGGGGCCUGAAAGUGUGUGUAUGAGUUAUCUGAUCCCAUCGUGACUGGGAGGUACUCGGGGGUGGAGCUCCAGUGAGGGGCACAAAUCUACAGGCUGCAGCCUCUCAAACAUGAGCAAACUGACCUUCCACAAUAACAAGACGAUGCAGGACCGCCGGUGUGUGUGCGUGUUUCUCCCGAAUGAUGAAACUCUCAACGUUAUAGUCAGUGUUAAGACUGUGUGUCAGGAGUUGUUGGUGCAGGUCUGUGAUCUGCUCAGGUUGAAGGACUGUCACCUGUUCGGUCUCAGUGUUAUUCAGAACAAUGAACACAUAUACAUGGAACUGGGACAGAAACUGUCUAAAUAUUGUCCAAAAGAGUGGAAACGGGAAGCCAGCAAGGGAAUUGACCAGUUUGGACCUCCUAUGAUUGUUCACUUCCGAGCACAGUAUUAUGUUGAAAAUGGCAGACUUAUCAGCGAUCGCAUGGCACGGUAUUAUUACUAUUGGCAUUUGCGGAAGCAGGUACUGCAGUCUCAGUGCAUCCAGAGAGAAGAGGCUUAUUUCCUUAUGGCUGCAUUUGCGCUGCAGGCUGACCUGGGAAACUUCAAACGGAACAAACACUUUGGUGCCUAUUUCCAUCCGGAAGCGUAUUUUCCCUCCUGGGUAAUAGCGAAGAGAGGAUGUGACUAUAUUCUCCGUCAUAUCCCAAACAUGCACAAAGAGCAGUUUGCUCUUACAGCAUCAGAGGCCCAGCUGAAAUAUAUAAAGGAAGCAGCACUGUUGGAUGACGUGACUGUCCAUUAUUACCGCCUCUACAAGGAUAAGAAAGAGCUGGAUGCUUCUUUAACUCUGGGACUGACCUUACGUGGGAUUCAGAUUUUUCAGAAUGUGGGAACUGUCAGGCAACUCUUGUAUGAUUUUCCCUGGACCAAUGUGGGGAAACUGGUGUUUGUGGGGAAGAGGUUUGAGAUUCUUCCUGAUGGUUUACCUUCAGCCAGGAAGCUCAUCUACUACACAGGCUGUCCCCUGCGCUCACGACACCUCCUGCAGCUGCUCAGCAACAGCCACAGAUUGUAUAUGAACCUACAGCCAGUGCUAAAACAGGUUCGACGACUGGAGGAAAAUGAAGAAAAGAAGCAGUAUAGGGAGUCAUAUAUCAGCGAUGCUCUGGAGGCAGACGUGGAUCAUUUAGAGCAGCGUUCACGUGCCAGCGGCAGCAGUGCAGGCAGCACGUCACGACCCAAUCCCUUUUCACGACACUCCACCACGAGUCAUGGCAGCUCCCGCACAUCCGGCGUCGAUACUGACAGUUUCCGAACACCUACCAACACACCCCACCGACCACUGAGAACACACUCGUCUUCCAACACCAGCCAUGCCAGCACACACACGUCUGGCAUCGAGAGCAGCAGCAAGGAGCACUGCCUGGAUGAGGAUGAGAUUGAGAUGUUGGUUGAUGAUCCGAAAAGUUGUGAAGAUCUUCACGAUUUAGAUCUCAACCAGGAACUGUGUAUUCACAUCACAGAGGACAUGCUGUCAGCACAGAACAACGGAUGCUCCGGGUUAGUGGUGAAGGAAGUGAGUUCGUCCACAUCCAGCUCAUCAGAAACGAUUGUGAGAAUGAGGGGCCAGAGCAUUGAAUGUCUUCCCCAGACGGCGAUGGGCAGGAAGGGCCAGAGCUCCACAGACCGCCACAGCCAAUCACUGGAUGAUGUUCGACUUUUCCAGAGGAACUGUCAAGAGUGGGCGGAACUGUGCCAGGACACCGCACAUAGCUAUACAUUUGGCUGCGAGCCAGACCUCGGGGACACGGUCGGCUGUGGGUACCAGGGACUUGCAGAUCAGUGCACUGGCAUCCUGAAAAACCAGCAUGCGUUUCCCAUCAAGAGAACCAGCAAGUAUUUUUCUCUGGAUCUGGACAGGGAAGAUCUGACCACAGAACAUUUGACCACCGAAGCUGAACCAGAGUUUGUGGUUUAAGGCAGAGAGUAUUGAAAUGAGCCCCAGAACAAAUUAAAAGGAUAGUAAACGAAAAACAGAAAUUCUGUUAUUUACAAAAAAUAAUUCUGAUAACCCUGCUGGUUGCACUUUUCUAUGCUGUUACAAUAAAUGAAAAGAAGGGUCAUAAAAGUAAUAAAUGAUCUGUGCUAUAGACCUUAGUCAGGGUAGAGACAUUUUUUUUUCUUUUGGCAGGAAUGAAAACGAGGUUGCAACGGAUAAAAGUACAGAGUGUUCAAUGUACUGUACUUGUUUAAUAACAUCCAAAAACACUUUACGAAGACAGACACUUGAAAGUUGUGAGUUAUAAUUCUAAAUGAUCUAGGAACUUUAAACUUUAAAAGUGUGCCAUUUUAUGAAGAAUGUAAGUCUCACUUACGUCUACUCAAAAAAAGAAAAUGCUGUCAUGUAUUUACACUAAUGUUGUUUUUAAACUUGUAUGCAUUUUUCUUCUGCUGAAUAUAUCGUGAAGAAUACUGACAAUCAAACAGUUUUGGUUUCAAUUUAUUUCCAUUGUAUUUUUGCCCAUAUAAUGGAAGACAAUGGUAACCAGAACUGUUUAGUUGCCAACAUUCUUUAAAAUAUCUUUUGUGAUUCAGUCAUACAGGUUUUAAAUUUACAUGAGACUGAUUUAAUGACACAAUUUUCAUGUUUUGGGUGAAUCUAUUUAAUUAUAUGAAAUGUAUGGCAUCAUAUCCCGGCUAAGGUCUAUAUUUAAAAUCAUCUUAAGGCAUAUAAUAGCUUUUAUGACUGGAUGGUGCUGCUUUUAUGUUGCUCUUUGUCAUUUUAUAGAAGUUUGACAGACCUGGUUACCAUUUAUUUUUGUUAUACAGAGAAAAAACAGCAGCCUGAAGUAAAUGACAGAAUUUUUCAUUUUUAUGUGAACUAUCCCUUUAAGGUCAUUUAGUACGUGUAUGCAUGUGUAUCCAAAAUAAGCAAGAAAAUCUGCAAUAUCCUAAUGCCAAAAUACUAAAAUCUAGAAAAAAAUCUGCCUUACCAAAGUUUCCUAAAGUGUGUGUGUGUGUGUGUUUGUGUGCUCGCUACCCUUAGUAAACCCUCAGUGCCUUGAAUUCACUAUGCAGGUUCUCAGAACAUAAAACUGAAGUUUCUGCACCCCUGUUUACUUCCACUCUCAUCUCCAAGGAAGCGCCCCAGUCUUGACUCCAAGAAUAACACUAAACCUAAUGAGCUUUUUGGGAUUGUGGUAACUGAAUCAUGUGAGCAUCAUAAUCAGAGGGCUCAGUGCCGGGUGUGCCGCCCCGCAGGAUGAACGGCUGAUGGGAUUUCAGGCCACCGAGGCUCUUGAUUUAAAGACUUUUGCACACAGCAAAUACUGUUGCUGAUCAAGGGGGGAAAAAAUCUGUCUUCCAUAGACCUUCCUUUUUAGAGUUUCCCAUUUUCUUCAUACAUCUGAUGAUUUUGUUUAUUUGUCAAACUGGAAGUUUAUUUCUUUAUGUAGUUUUGUAAAGAAAGACAGCUAUGUGUGUGUGUGUGUUUUAAUGGUGUGUUGCCUGUCAGUAUUAAGCUGUUAAUGGGAGACAGUAUUAGAAACCUUAUGUAAAGGUUACAACAUGCAAUUCUUCCAUUUAAACAAAAAAAGAGUUUAAAGGAAGGCCGACACUAAAGAUGAAGAAUCAGUUCAGAUAAACACACUUCUAAUUAAUGGCUCCCUUUUUUUUUUUUUUUUUUUUUUUUUUUUUUUUGCAUGGGCAGUUUGGAUGAACAGCACUUAAGAGCUCAUGUGCAUGUGGAUCUCCGUGUCAUGACUUUGUGCGUUCUGCUGAACAUUAGUGUAGUACCUAUCGAGUCCUUCCUGUCAUCACAUUCACCUUUCUGCCCCUUUGAAAAGCAGCAAUGAAUUUGAAAUGGCCAAGUCGUCUUAUAAUAAUUUUGGUUUCUGUUGGAGUUCAUGAUGACUGAACACUUGCAUUGGUUCUGCGUGCAACCAAUCAUAAAUGGGCUCGAUGUACUGUUAACCCUUUGUGUCUGCAGCUAGACUUUGUCCUUUCUGUGAAAGGAAUUUCCUAUGUGACAAUUUUUCCCCAGUUCUUUUGCAGACCCAUUCGACUCAUUUGCUCACUCAUUACAGUGUAUUCUGUGCCUUGCAGGUGCCAAAGUCCUCAAAAUGUUUGCAAUAAAAGGUACCUUCAUUUGUAAUUAAA